AUGUUCAGGUGGCCGUUACCGUCGAACACUUCGCUGUCGAUUGGUGAUGGUCAGUUAGAAGAUGAAUUUGGUCAUCUUGGCAUAGAUUCACUUCGUCGUUCACCGGAUGUGAUAACACCUGGAGCGACAUCUAUAAAGCAUGCUGGCAUUCUCAACGACAAGCGUCACGUGAUUACCAAAGAUUCGGAUGACUGUAUAGGCCUGUACGAUGUUUUAGCAGGAAGGAAGGUGGCCGAUUUUGGCAAGAGGCCUUUCGAGGAUGUAAUUUCGGAACACAACAGGAAAGUAUUUGUACCAAGCUGGUUUUCGGUUGAUUACAAGAGUGGGGUAUGUGUUUGUUAACC